GUCCUCCUUGCAAGAUCACAUUCAUGCGCCUUGGAGAAAAAGUUAGAAGCCCCACUCAGGCUGCUGACUUGUAGGUGGUGAGAGGGAGUGGUGUUGUAUUUGUCUUUUCUUUUCUUUUCUUGUAUUGGAUCGUGGGGAGAGGAAGAAGGAGCGACUGAAAAAGACCAGGAGCCAACCGGCCUCAGCACUCCUCCUCCAGCAGCAGCUCAAGAAAGGCUGCAAGUGAUGGGACUUCAGACCUCUUCACCUGUCUGAUUUUUUAAAAAACUUUUUUUUCUUUGAAAGUUGUUUCUCAGGAGCUUUGAAACUGAGAAUUGGCUCCAGCGAUGAGGAAGAGAUCAGGGAUUGCUAUGGUGGGCCUACCUGUUUUUCUCUUAUUUCUGUCCACCGUAAAAGGUGUCUUACCUUCCCAAUCUCUCUGGAAGCCAACCUGGCCAUCCUACAAGGUCCCAGUUGUUUUGCCACAGUUGACUGUUAAUUUGGACAAACCCCAGUUUGAUGCAGAAGCCAAACUGGAAGUGACGUCCCCUUGUGGUCCCUCCUGCCACAAACGUUCUCCACUUCCAACUUACGAAGAAGUGAAGGAAUAUUUGUCCUACGAGACUUUGUACUCCAAUGGUUCCCGCACUGAGACAGAAGUUGGCAUCUAUGUUGUUACUGGUGGCAGCACAGGGGGACAAAGCAGAUCUCGGACCAAAAGACAAAUCUACGGAUAUGACACGAGGUUUAGCAUUUUUGGCAAAGACUUCUUGUUAAACUAUCCUUUUUCCACUUCUGUGAAGUUGUCUACAGGCUGCACAGGAACACUGGUGGCUGAGAAACAUGUCUUGACAGCUGCUCAUUGCAUUCACGAUGGCAAAAGUUAUGUCAAGGGAGCCAAGAAACUGCGAGUAGGGUUUCUGAGGCCCAGACCAAAAGAUGGUAGCAAAGGGGCAAAUGUCAGUAGUUCUCUAGAGCCAGAGAAAUUGAAAUUCCAGUGGAUCCGAGUGAAACGGACCCAUGUCCCCAAAGGGUGGAUAAAAGGGAACGCCAAUGACAUUGGCAUGGACUAUGACUAUGCCCUAUUGGAACUCAAGAAACCUCACAAGCGGAAGUUCAUGAAAAUAGGGGUGAGCCCAACAGCAAGGCAGUUGCCUGGAGGAAGGAUUCAUUUCUCAGGCUACGACAAUGAUCGACCAGGCAACCUGGUCUACCGUUUCUGCGAUGUCAAGGAUGAAACGUACGAUCUCUUGUACCAACAGUGCGAUGCCCAGCCAGGGGCCAGUGGCUCUGGGGUUUACGUGCGAAUGUGGAAGAGACAAAAUCACAAAUGGGAACGUAAAAUCAUUGGGAUUUUUUCUGGGCACCAAUGGGUGGACACCAAUGGCUCACCCCAGGAUUUCAAUGUGGCCGUCCGCAUUACUCCUCUCAAAUAUGCACAGAUUUGUUAUUGGAUCACGGGUAACUAUCAGCACUGUAGGGAGGGGUAAAGACAAUGAACAUCCCACAGAGGCCUUGAUUGCUUAUCGGGGGGUUGGGGAAAUCAAACUCCUAUAUUGGCAAUGUGCACCAUUCUGUUUUAUAAAUACCAGGAUGCAGGAAUUAACAGGGAGGCCCACCUUAUUAGCUAUGGAGGUCAUUUGUAUUAAAUCAGUGGGCACAAUGGAUUGGCUGGCCCUCAUGACUGUCAAAUUGCAUCAUGCUGGUAGAGAAUCCUCCAUGGCAAGGUUGGUGUGAUGGGUUUCUUCUGUGUUAAUGUCACUAGUCUUCAUGUACCUUCCAUUCCCUUCUGGAAUUCUGAAAAGCUCACUUAUGGUGAGCAUAAGUAUGGUUGUGGAGUUCUUCUCCAGCGGCUAUGGCUGCUUUUAGGGGUCAAAAAAGAAAUAAGAGAUUGCAAUGGGAGGCAGUGAAUCCACUCCAUUCUAAUUGUGGAGGAACUAUUCAAAGUGCUGAACUCUACCCCCUCCCUAAGUAAAUUCAGCACCUUGAAUAGCAACUUUAACAUUCAGAUUAAAACCUGAUGGUUUAUAACAUUCAGAUUAAAAUCUGAUGCAGAGUCAUCAACCCCGCUGAUGGGGGAGCGAAGGACUGCCUCUGCAACCAGACAAGAAAUUCCCUCAACAGAUGAUCUGAAGUAGAGGGUAGCAGAAGAAUGCCUGCACUGAAGGUGAAUGCAGCCUGAAGAAGCCUGAAAUCCAUUUGGUUUCAGCAGCUUUGGCUGAUUUUUCAAGCAGCUGUUAUAUUCAGAGAUGGGCACUUUUCUUGUUUCUGUGGGAAUACAGAACAGCUGCAGAAUGUUGCAUGAGAGGUGGCAUCUAAUUUCCUAAGAAUCUCAGGGAAAUCCACUCAAUUUACUUUUGUUUGGCAGCAGUGACUUCAAUAUGAGAUUUCUCCGGUUGAUUCAGCCCAGGAUGAACAUUUCCUUCUAGCUAGUGGUCAGUGAUUUAGUGGAGCUACAGCUGACAGGGUCAAAGUGUCAGGACCUUAUUGAUUAUUAGAGUCAAUGACAUUAUCUAUCACUCCCAUCAUGAUAACCUCUCCUUCUAAUCUUAGUUGCAAGCCUAGAUGGUCCUAGCAACAAUAAAUUGGUUGAUCUAGCUUUGAUGUCAUGCAAAGAAUUAGGGAUGAUUUGGUUUUGAAGAGUCAGUUAAAACCCAUUUACUUUAUAAGACUGAUAGAAAUUGAUAGAACUGAUAUCAAGUACAUAGCAUCAUAGAAUCAUAGAGUUGGAAGUGACCACAAGUGCCAUCCAGACCAACCUUCUGCCAUGCAGGAAUACACAAUGAAAGUACUCCUGGAAGGUGAUCAUCCAGCCUCUAUUUUAAAACCUCCAAAGAUAAGGGUCUCCUGAGCUUUGAGGCAAUGAAUCUUUUGGAUCUUUGGGUUGAUAUGGAUUAAUAGAGCUGCCGGCACAUUUAAAGCCUUCUUGCAGACACGAGUCAAGGUGAGCGGACUAACAAUAGUUCUCCACAUGUGGAGUUACAUUUGUUUUGAAUGCCAGCCUUGCACAACUGAAUUCACAAUCCAAAUGGGAAUGGAGAAUUUGUAUGCACAAUGGCACCACAUGUGCAACUCCAUUUCUUCAGUCUUGAACAGCAUGCAAAUGUUCUGCGUCAGACAUAAACGUCCAAUGUUUCCCAUAAGGCAACUUGCACAUUCCAACUAUAGUCAUGAUGAGUGCCAGCACUUCAAUAUUUAUCUCUGCCCUCCUAUAGGCAAAGCAAGUCUGACAUGGAUAUUCUCACAAAUGAGUCAUUGAACUGUGGCUGAGAUUCUAGAUCAUUUGCUUAGCUACAUAACUACCUUGGUUACAUAACUAAGUAGCAUCUCUAAGCCCAGCCACCCCCCAUUUCUGAGUUACUGGGCAAAAGCCACUGUGAGUGACAGGAAUCUGUUCUCCUGUUGAUCAAGAACAGCAGAUUGAUGGUUCCACCUUUCUCUCACAUUAAUCUCCAGUGCAACCGCCAGAAGCAGAAUCUCUGUUGCAAUUCCUCCUUGCACUGCAGAUGGUUUGUGGGAGAGGAAUGGAGACAUCAGCCUUUGUCCUAAUUGACAGGAGAACAGAUCCCCAUUGCUAGCAGUGGCUGUUA